GUAAGUGUAUGAAAGGGACAGUGCCAAGAGAACGGAUUCAGGCUCGGUGGUGCCCAGCAAUUGGACGAGAGACAAUGGGCAGAUAGUGAUGCCCCGGAAGUUCCACCUGAACAUGAGGAAGAGCUUUACUGUGCAGGCUGAAUGUUUAUCAGAAAUCAGUAACAGAGCUGGUCCUGUUGAUGCCAGGAAAGAACUCCUGGAAGAAUGUGAGCGUCUUUGGAAGCAGAUGGAAGAGUGUCAGAGCAAGCUAAUGCUUCUAGGAGCAGAGACACUGCUACCAUCAGAUGCCAAGCUUUCCUUGUUAAUGCUGCAAUUGAAAGCUUUAACAGUAGAUUUUCAUCAGUGGCAAGCAAGAAAUCCUGAAUUAAUUUCUACCAAUCCAGAGGUACUGUUAGAAUUAGGAAAAGAAGAGUUGCAGAAAGUAAAAAAUGAUCUUGAAAUGGUGCUGUCAACAGUUCGGUCAAAGAAUAAACAACUGGAAGAAGAUCUGAGAAGAGAGCAGCAGUGGCAUGAGGAACAGAAACAGAUGCUAGAGACUCUUACUAAAAUGGAAGAAGAGGCAAAUACCCAAGCUGAACAUCCUUUCACAAAAAGGGAACUCAAUGAACUGAAGAAAAUACUGAAAUUAAAGACCUAUAAGAAAGAACUCUUGAGUGCUUUGGGUGAAUUCCUGGAUGAACAUUUUCCCCUUCCAGAGACAGGUGGAAAUAUUAAAAAAAAGAACUCUUCGGCAGAGCCUGUUGUAGAACUCAUAACAUUGCAAGAAAUUUUAGAGAUGCUGAUAAACACAAUAAUAACCACACCACAUGAGCCUUAUGUAACAAUCAAUGAGUCAUUUUGGCCACCUUAUAUUGAGCUGCUGCUGCGAUAUGGAAUGGCCCUGAGACAUCCAGAAGAUCCUAACAGAAUGCGCCUCCAAGCUUUUCACAAGUAGCGUGACCUACACAUGCAAUUGAAAACAAAACAACACCAAUAUUCUUAAUUCAGGGCUAGGACAUACUUAGGAUUCCUACUAAGCUUUCUUAGUAUCAAACAUCACUUCUUGUUGGAUGAUUUAUUUUUUUUUUUUUUUUUUUUGCUUUUCAAUUGGAUAUUUAGGAGCAUAAAAUGUGGAGAAGGAAAAAAUAAUAAUGUAUUUUGACUGCUUACAGUUGGCCUUUGGUUUUAUAUCAAGAUUUGCAUUAUGGAAGUUUUUUUUUCACUCCUUCUGUAAGAUGCUAAUUAAUGUAAUAGACAAAUACAUUUAACAGUCCUUUUUACUUUAAAAAAAAUACUUUUUACAUUACUUGUAUGGAUUAGAUUUCUUAGAUUGCCUGAAGUUGUCUCUGUUUCCUUUAGUAUUUUCUUGUGUUCUGUAGAGGCAAAAUUCAGAAUAACACCACUCCUGUACAUGGCCUUGCAAGCAUUUGGAAGUAACAGAGAGGUAUCCUCUCAAGGAUUUGUUAUGCCUUGUUUGUUUCUCAGAGCCUUUGCAAACAAUUUUACUGGCUCCAAGAUAAACACUUAGAAAAGCUGACACAUCUUUCUGUGCAAAGUGCAGCAGAUGUUGAGUCUGUGCCUUUCACUGCACCUUUCCCAAAUGGCCCAUUUUGUGUUAUGCUAUGUUGCCUUACAGUAUCUGUCUUCACUUUUUCAGACCUAGUUUAUCAAGGCUUUUAAUGGGUCUCUGCUCUGUUGAUCUCUACAGCUUCUGUUAUGUCAGAAGCUUCUUCGGUUGACAGUUACCUUUGACUCAAUGCUGCCGUCCUUUGCAAUCUCAGUCUUUUCUGUAGCCAUUUUUAUUUUAUUGUAUUGAGUACAAAAAUUCUCUUGCUUAUCUGUAGUGACUAAAUUAUCCUUUAUUACCAGAUUGUAGUUUAUUGAGGGAGGAGCUUGCGUGAUUUUUUCAUUGAUGGAAAAAUAAAGAGUUGUAUAGUAUCAUAGAAUGUUUUUGUGUGAUGGUUUUUAGAAUGGCGUUUAUGUGAUUUGGUGUGAUGACUUGUAAAGAUGAUGUAAGGAUGCAUGGGAGAGGUAAGGGGAACCAAUCUAAUAUAAGUUCCAGUAUAAUUGCCCUUUUUAGACCAGUUAAAUAUUAAGCAAAAAAAAAAAAAAAAUCAUUCAACUUGUGUAGUUUAAAGUGAAUGCUGUUCAUUUUACCCUCACCAACUGGUGAUUAAGUAUGAGUAUAGAAUGUGGUGUGUGCUGUUGUGCAUGAACAUUGAUUUCUUUUUGGUUUAUAUUGCUUGUGUAACUACCCUCCUGUUGUAGUUUAACGUCUCUUAUGAGCUCUAGAGACUGACUAAUCUAUAUACAUUUACCUUGCAGUAUUUUUAAUUAAGAAUUUGAAUAACUGCAUUUUUUGGCUUAGAUUUAUAGCAUUGUCUCUUUGGCGUUUUUCCUUCAUUUAUGUUUAAGUGCUUUGUAUUCUGCUAUCCUUUCACCUUAUUUAUUAACACUGCUCAAAUAUUUCAUUGAUGCUGGAUGACUGCUUCUCUUGUGACAAUAGUAAAUAGAAGAAAAAAAUGUUAAACACUCAGUAACUUCUUGUGUUUAAAAAGAAGAAAAGUACCAACCCAUACCACCCACCUCCCAAAUCCAAGCCCAAAUGAAAGCCCUGAGGAGAUAGGACAGUUUAUAAACAAUUGCUCUAAAAAACAUGUAAUAUUCAUUAUUCUUCAUACCAAUAUCAAAUCUCAUCCAAGUAAAAUACCAGAAUAGAUUUAAAUGAAAGUACUUCACAUAAAGCUUUAAAGCAUUAAAAUUUGAAACUCACUGCCAUAAGAUAUGUUGUAAGAUCACAUAUGAACUUGCAAAAAAACCUUACGGAAUUCAUAUUUGUGAUUAAGUAAGAAAAUUGGCAGUCAGCAGGUUCAGAAAUCUCUAUCCUACUAAUUGUUGGACCCUGAGGAGAUACACAUAGAAAUUCCCUGAGAUCCUCCUGCAGUUCCACAGUAUCUUCAGCAUUCUCUGAAGUCUUUCUUCUUAGGCCCUGGAUAUGCUCAGAACCCAAAGGUUCAGUGCAGAGCUUUUUCCUCAGGAGGGAUUGAAUACGUUGAGCAGAAGAAAACCUGUAGAAAGAGAUAAUCCAUUUUCUCUCAUGGCCUAAAAUGCACUGCCAGUUUUUAAGAGAAGUUGGUUUAGACUGAAACAGAGCUAGCCGAAAGCUGUAGCUCCUAGAAAAAUCCUGACAAGUAAAUUGAAGCAAAUCAAGGCAGUGAUGAAGAACAGAUCUUCCUUAUGAAAAAAAGCUAGGAGUAAGCUCUUUCAUCAGUACUUUCAACAAUCAGGAAUGUUGGGCCGUUUGUCGAAAGAGUAGGAUAAUUUCUCCAUUUUUUGUCUCCUUGCAUGUCUAAGUAACAGUUGUUUGUUGUUUGUUUAGAAUUGACCCCUCUAUUAAACGCUAACAUUGUGACUCUGUGCAUUCUAUGAAAUAAGGAUUUGUUUAGCUUACCGUCAAUUGUUAACUCUACAAAGGUAAUAUUAAAAAAAAAGAUGUUAAAUGAACAUUUGGAGCUACCAAGCCUGAGUAAGAUGACAAACUGAUCUAUGAGCUGGCAGUGUGUCCUUGUGGCCAAGAAGGCCAGUGGUAUCCCAGGUGCAAAUAGGAAGAUCAAUGCCAAUCUGCCUGUGCCUUUGCUUCUUUCCCUUUAGUUGACCAGCUGUUCCCUACUUAGCCAUGUCUGACUAGAGAGAAUCAGGUAAACCUAAAUCUGUGUGUUAUAACCCAUGCAGGUCAAGACAGAUGACAUGAUAACAACAUGCAAAAGGACAGAUGUCUUGCAUUUUCAGUCAUUGCUCAGUAUGGAAGUAUUGUACUUGGCUGGGUCUAUUUGAUUAGACCCAUAUCUCUGGAAUAUCGGCACUGCUUAAAACCUCUCACAGGUCUGCCUCCACACAGGACAAGCAGGCAGCUUCUACAUCUAACACAUGCCAUAUUCUCCCAGGAUAGAGCUGGUGGUUUUAGUAUGGUUAAGAAUAAGAUGUCAGUCACAACUGUGUCACUAGCCAUGGCAUAAUUCACAGACCAGCAGUCAUCUGCUGAAUUGGAGGCCAAACCUUGGGGACCGGUGCUUUCCUCUGCGACUGAUUCAGUAGAAAAUCUCACCCCACAGGAGCAUUACUUGCCAUUCUGAUUUGGUGUGGUCUAGACGUCAGAUGGACAUUUACAUGAAGAGGAAAAUGUGACUCAUUAUACAGUAAUGAUUCUUCUGGAAUGUGCAUACUGUGCAAACCCCCCAGCUCUUGCUUUUUGGAAUUGUUCCAGAUUUCAAGGCAAGAUGUAUUCUAUUACCAUCUGUAUGGCCGUUUUCCGGUGUCAAGUGGGCAAUUCCCCUUAUCUCUCUCCCAGAGUGAUCAUAAUCACUCCUCCCUUCAGGAGACAUCUGCUGAUAACAGGCUAUUGAAUGUCACUGCAUGACUGAUAAGAACUAUAACAUCCCAUUGUGAGAUGCUCUGCCCAGAGGGAGGAGCCAAGCAUUGCUACCCAGAUAUAAUCUGGAGAUUCUGACACACAAUCAUGUUUUUUUUCCACUGGAUUCCCCAGAGGAACAGCAGCUGCUUCUACUUCCAUGGAUCUGCAGAGGAAGAAUACACCCUUUCUCUACGGGACCCCCCUGCUCCAACAGAACCGCACCUGACACUUCAGGAGGACUGCAGCCACUUUUCCAACUGGACUGCUACCAACACCCUGACCAACAGGGUGCCAGGUUGUGUUCUGACUCUGUCAGUGUUGUUCUAGUGUAUUGCAUUGUUUUAUUUUAUCCUUUUAUUUUUUUUCUCUUCCCUAUUAAAGAACUGUUAUUUUCUGCUCCCAUA